AUGGGGUUGCUUGUCAAACUUGUGGGCUCGGGUCUAGGGCUUGGUUCUGAAGCGAUCCACGCCGCCCGUGAACAUUCGUCCUCGAGUCGAGCUGCUACCGCCGUACCUCCUGGCUCCUCUGCGCCAAAUGGCCCUGAGCAUGCUGAGCUUGUGGAUGACUCCACUGCCCACCGGCUGGUAGCGAAUGGACAGGCGGAGUAUGUGGUCGGCCAGAGUGGUCAAGCGCAGCAGAGCAAUCCACUAGAGGGCGCCCCAGCCCUGGACUAUUCCGAUCGCUUUGAUCAUGAUGAGGCUGCGUGGGAGCUUGACGAUAUGGUCGAGCACACCAGACCGCCCGUGUACGAAGAAGAGCCAAUGGCCGCAUCAGGUGCCGACUCAGAUGAUGCAAAGAUGAAAAUGAGGGAAGCGAUGGUCCGCAAGCUGGUCACCAUGGCGGGACCAGCCCCCCAGCCACAGCGGCGGCUUGCUUGUCCUGUUAUCAUUCCUCAGCGGCGGCCAAGAAAGAAGGAGCGCGGAUUUGUGCGUGCCUACGCGCCCAUCCUCGCGGACUGUGGUAUCAGCGAAGAGGUGUUUGUACAAUUCCUAGAGGAUUUGGAUAGGGCUAAUAAGGCUUCCCAAUGGAUCGAAGUUGUCUUCGUCGCCGCUGGCAUUCUCGGCCUUGUUCCGGAACCCACAACUCAGAUACUAAGCGCCGUAGUGCAGUUAAUCGCAGGAACGGCCCGUGAGCUACAGACGCGUCGUCGCGAGAACACAUUUCUCGACUGUGUUAACAAGGAUCUGCUCAUGCCACGCGGCCUAUAUGCCAUGAUCAUGACCUUCAAGGAUCAAACUCUGUUCUCGAAGGAGAAACUUGAUCUCAACCAGACAGUUGCGAAGUACAGCAACCCUGAUCCAAACAUUUCGCAAUUCAACAAGGCCUUGCAGAGUAUAAGACUUUCGAGUGGCAAGACUUGCGGGGAACUUGAGCUACCCGAGGCCGCAGAGCUGGUGUAUCCCGAUUUGGACCGGGUAGUCGCACAGGCUGUAGAGGGCAAAGGCUCCAGAGACCAACCCGCAUCGACAGGAGGAUUGAACAAGUUCAAGGGAGCUGGCAAAUGGGUCCAAGACUAUAUGGAUAGACGCGCGCAUGCUUUCUAUGAGGCAGAACAUCCAGGGACGACCCUGACCGUACCUUCUACACAUCGGGAACCCAUGAAAUCGCGGUUCAACGACCCUAAUCACCCAGCAAACAGUGGUUCAUUAACAGCGCUGCUGACUGGCGGC